UAUGGGGAAUUGCCUAAGCCGAGAAUCAGUGAAAGAGUAUCCCAGUUUUCAAGGAAUUAAUCUUGAAGACUUUCCAUCGAAUUACCCUUCCCCAAAAGUUCCAAAAAGGAGAAAGAAACAAUUGAAAGUACAGAGACUAAGAAAAUUUGACAUAAAUUCAGUUCCCAGUAUAUAUUUUACAAAAAGUUUUGAGGUUUUAGCAAAGUUUCUAGCGAAAUCAGCUCACAAUGAUUUCGAGAAAUUAAGUUGCCUCUUUUCUUGGCUGGUUCAAAUUGAUUCAACAGCUGUAAAAAACUUAAGUAAUGAGUUGAAAAAGCCCGCUUUGGAGGAAGACUAUAACUCACCAAUUUAUCACCUUCUGCAAAUUGGCGAAGGAUUAAAUAAUCAUGCUCGGAUAUUUGCUCUCCUGUGCAGAGCAAUUGGAAUUCCAUGUGUCAUCAUAAAAGGCCAUAGUAAAAAUAUCAAUUAUCAUUAUGGAUCAUCCAUUGAUUGGAAUUCUUUAUGUUGUGAAUGGAAUGCUGUAUAUGUCAAUGAGCAAUACUUCCUAAUAGAUGCCGGAUGGGCGUCAAGUGCAUUGUCACACACUCAAUCAAGCCCUAUUGGAAACGGUAGUCUGAAUUUUAUGGAUUCAGUGGGGCUUGUAAAAAAAAAGAACACUCACUCUGGCCAGAGAAUCAGAGAUUUUUAUUUUCUAACAGAUCCUGAUUUAUUCGUUUGUACUCAUUUACCUAAGGACUUUAGAUGGCAACUGCUACCAACAGCUAUAUCAAGAAAAUUAUUUGAGAACCUACCCUACGUUAGAGAACGAUUUUUUGAGAUGAACAUGACUUUCAGCGAAGGAAGCUAUAAAGAAGCUGUAAUCAUAGCAGAUAGAGUAGAAAGCGAUUUGGGAAUGAAAUUUGAAUUUUCUUCUUUAAAAACUUUUAGUGCAAGUCAUUUGUUUACUUUUGUUUUAUACAAAUGUAACUUACCCACUGAAAAAAUUUCUGAUUCUGUACUAUUUCAAUUAACAAGCGAAAAGUUAACCUUUUUUGUAAGAUUUCCAAGUAGGGGUAAAUACCGACUAGACUUAUUUGGUAUUGACAAGGAGAAACAAUUAGAAAUUGAUCUCAUAUGUUCGUAUGUCAUAUUAAAUAAUAUACAGAGAAGUUACAAUAAAUUGCCAAUUUUAUCUGAUUUUGGUUGGGGUCCUAAUUUGAGUAUGAAAGACUUCGGCUUGGCGAUCCCUCGAUAUGAGGAAGCUGUCAUUAGAAUAGCUAGGGGAGACUUGGAAAUAACCAUUGCCAACAAAAAUGAUCUAAAAAUCAUUGGAAAAUUAGUAAGAAAAGGCGUUGAGGAGACAACUUUGCAGUCUAGAUUGAAACAAGAAGUCAGAGAAGGACAAAGUUCAUUUUUUUUCAGACUACAUAAGAAAGGAGAGUAUGGCUUUCAGUUAUUUGCUAUAUGGAGAGGGAAUCGUCGUAACAUUUGCAAUUAUCUGAUAAUAUUAGAAGAAGACUGUGCAAUAAAUCCCUUCCCACGAACUGUUGAAGGUUGCAUUGGUAAAAUUAUGUCUAUACCUUCUCUUCAGAUUAGAAUAGAAGCGAAAUCUAGAGUAACUGAUUGGAUUUUUAAAACUGAUGAAAAUAUCGAAAUGGAGUUCAAGCAUCAUAAAGAUAUAGAACUAUUUGCAGAAUUAACAACUAAUUCAAUGCAGAGUGGAAUUUUAUCUAAAUCCAAGGACUUAACUUGCGUAAAAACUAUUAAUUCAACAAAAAUUACGCUAAGUAAUACUAUUCCUAAAGAAUAUGGAUUCAAUUUAUUUAUGACAAAGACAAACAAAGAGAAUAAGAGGCGAUAUUUAUUACAACAUGUUUUAUCUGGAAUUCUUAUAGUAAUGGAUAAAACUACUGAAUCAUUGCCAUUGACAAUCUUUGAGAUCCCGGUUUUUAGAAGUGUGACGUCUGCUCCUAGCAUGAAAAUAGAAAUGGUCCUUCGAGAUACACCAAAUCUUAUUGUAGUUAAGAAUUAUUUGGAAGAGGAGAUUGCGAAAGAAAAUAUUCAAUUUAUAAUGAACGAAUAUCAAACAAUUCAGGUUAACUUCAAAAGUAUAUUUGGAAAGUAUAAAAUUUUUAUCUAUAAGAAAAUACCUAAAGAUGGAUUAGUUUUCCUACUUUAUAUACACGAAAUAGACUAUGUGUCUGAAGAAAAUUUAAAGAAAAAAUCUAAGAUUCCUAUUAGAAACUCUUUUCGAGAAAUUGACUUAACAGAACAGGAGAAAGUAGAAAUAAAUUAUGAAAAACUCGAAACAUAUACCGAGAAAUUAAGAAAUGCCCUUAUAGAAAAACAGCUAACAACCUUUGAGUCAUUGAUAGAAGAAUUGAAAAAUGAAAAUGUCUCUAUAUUUAAAUUUAAAUUUCUUAUUGAGGUGGCCGAAAAUAUGUUACGUCGUCAAAGUGAAAAUAAUCGCAAAACUAUUAUUGAUUGUCUCAAAAGCAGGAAGGAAACAAACGAAACAACCCUUGAGAAAAUUGUAUGUGAAAGUACAGACUUGAUAAAAAUAUCUAAGUUGCUUGAAAAUCUUUUUGAAGAAGAAUUAUGUGAUACACAUAUUACAAUACUUCCUUCAGAAUUAAAAAAAAGCCUAGUAAAUAAGCAUUUACGAAAUGAAGAAGAAAUUUUAUCUGCUAUUAAGGAUAAUGAUCUAUCCAAGUUUAAACUUGCAAUAAAAAAUGAUGAAAAACUACACAAUCAAGUCAAAUUAUUACAAAAAAUAUAUGGUGAAAUUCAAACUAGGGAAUUUGAAAGCAUCCACAAGAAAGCUAGCCUUUUGUUAAAUGAUGUCUUUGAAUCUAUAAAGAAGGCAGAGCUGAAAGAAAUUCUAGAAGGCAGAGAAACUAUCAGUUUUAGAGUCGCAGUUGAUAAAAUGAGAUCGGCAAAUGACAUAAAGUCUAUUUUUGAAGGAUAUACUAAAACUGAAAUACAUUUUUCUUCCAAUGCAAGCUUUGAAACUACUGUCAAAAAUGAACUAACACACCUUCAACAGAAAAUUAGUACAGAAAUACAGGAAUGUGUUGAAAGUGAAAAUAUUAAAAGCUUAGAAAAAAUAAUAUCCGAUCAAGUUACCGCCCUUGAAUAUAUUGUUGAGGAAUGGUUUUAUGAUGAAAACACCCUUAAAAAUUUUCAACAUUUAAGAAAUUUAGCUAAAAACUGCAUUAACAAACUCAUUCAACGUAUAAAAUUAAAUCUAGAACAGUCAGUCUCCAGUGACACUGACGCUUCAACACUUCAAAAUAUUAUUAAACGAGUUAAAAGGCACUUACCUAAUAGAGAACUAGAAAGUCAACUCCAAGCAGCACAAAAAAUCUUGGAAAUCAAAAAUUUUAUGCAACACAGACAUAUCAUCCCACUAAAUAACUCAUCCAUUGAAGAAAUUAAAUUCAUUUUAAGAUCGAAUCCUAGAGACGUUCUUCUGAAGACAGUUAAGGCAUCACUUCUAAUUUUAAAUGAACCAAGACAAAAUCUGAGAAGCUCAGAGAAUAUUGGAAAUAUAUUCGCCAGAAAAUCAGCAUCUCUUAUUACAGAUUCACAUUCGGAACUAACCAGAAAUGUCAAAAUUGAAAAUGCUAUCGAAGCAAUGGAUUUGAUAAAUGAGAUUAAUAUAGACGCUGUUGAACGUAGUACUAGAUCAGUAACAGCACUUUACGCUAAGGUAAAGUAUAUCACUACACUGGUUAUUUGCAGGCUUGAACAAGAUAAAAUUGAAAAUAUUAGAAGUAAUCUUAAAUACUAG